GUGUUGUAGGGGGCGGUACUCGUCAUUAUGGUUUCGCCGAAGUAGACAGCUCACGAAGCUGGUUUCUUUUUUUUUUAACCCGUCUUAUUCUCGGGAUGGUUUUGCGAGUUAAUGCGUGACAAAAAAAGCACCGUUUUUGUGAUGAAGCACACGAAAACGUCCACCGCUGCUUGAGGUGGCCUCUCCCUGCUGAUCUGAGGUGAGGGACACCGCGGCGCCAAGUAUCGCUAUGACCUGGAAAAGAUUGCUAUGUUGCAAUGCGUAAAAGAAACUUCGUUUUAUUUGUUUCACUGGCAUUAAUAACAUGGGCAGGAGUAACAUAUCAUCUUUUUCUGCAAAGACCAUUGGCCAGCAAGGCUUUUCGCCCUGGAAAGCUUCAGAGCCAACUAGAACAGCUGGAACAGAAGCUUCAAGAACAAGUUCGUGCAAAUGCAGAGCUCUUAGGCAACCUACGUGACCUGAAGAAACAGCUUUCCGAACCUUCCAAUGACACGGGCGGUCGUCAGUCUGGGGACAAGCCUGUCAUCGCGGUCCUGUUAUUUGCCUGCAACAGGGUGACGGUGAAACGGCCCAUAGACCAGCUGAUCCAAUAUCGCCCUUCCAAGGAACAGUUUCCGAUCAUUGUGAGCCAAGAUUGCAAUCAUGCCAUGACCACCAAUGUCAUCAAGGCAUACGGCAAUGAACUCACUCUUAUCAGGCAACCCGACCAGAGUGACAUUCCACUAGUGGGCAAGGAGAAAAAGUUCAAGGGUUACUACAAGAUAGCACGACAUUAUGGCUGGGCUUUGAAUAAAACCUUUCAUGACCUCAUGUAUGACACAGUGAUCAUCGUUGAGGAUGACUUGGAGUUAUCCGUAGACUUCUUCGAAUACUUUUUAGCUCUCUAUCCAAUUCUCAAAAACGAUCCCACGCUCUACUGUGUCUCGGCAUGGAAUGACAACGGGAAGGCAGGCUUAGUGGCAGAAGACUCCGAACAUCUUCAUCGGUCAGACUUCUUUCCUGGCUUGGGCUGGAUGCUCACAAAAGAUCUCUGGUUGGAGCUACACACCAAGUGGCCCAAAUCGUUUUGGGAUGACUGGAUCCGCCAGCCCGAACAGAGGAGGGACAGGGCAUGCAUCCGGCCAGAGGUGUCCCGCACAAAAACAUUCGGCAAGAUAGGAGUGAGCAAUGGACUGUUCUUUGAAAAGCAUCUGAAAUUCAUUCAACUUAACAAGAAGUUUGUGCCUUUUCUUAGUAAGGAUCUCUCCCAUCUGAAAAAGGACAAUUACGAUGUUGCAUUUGUGAAAGAAGUUUAUGGCUGUCCGUCGGUGACCCUGACACAGCUGUUGAAAGGAAACCUGGACACAAAAGGCCCGGUGCGUGUCACUUACAACAGCAAGGAGCUGUUCAAAAAUAUUGCAAAGAAACUUGCCAUAAUGGAUGAUUUCAAGUCCGGCGUUCCGAGGACAGGCUACCGUGGAGUGGUCUCGAUGAUGUUCAAGGGCCGACGCGUCUAUGUUGCCCCGCCCGCCGAUUGGAAGGGCUACAACAAGUCGUGGUCUUAGCGACUGUCUGGUCCGGCAGACGGACUCGACACAUGUUUUGUAGGACAGCGGCUUGUGGUCUCGGGAGUCUGGACCAUGCCUGAGCCUCCAGCUCGAUGGAGUGGCCGGCAACGUCUCCCUUUUUUUAAAACCGGACGGAAUUGUAUUUCUCCAGGACUGAAGAAAGUGCGCGGUGCGUGUUGAAGUGAUUUCUGGACGAGCGACGGGAAGGAGGUUUGGGAGGUCUGGUUUCACCCUCCCUUAUUGCUCCUGUUCAAGUUACACAGCGUACCAAUGAGGGGACGUCACGAACAUCACUUAAUGUAAUCCUAGUACCUUCUGGUGCUCCCUGCUUCAUUUCCGGUUUUUUUCUAAGCCAAGCACGCAAGGUGCAGGACUGCUGCAAGUAACUGUGAUUUCUCAUCAUAUAUAUAUAUACCUCUACUCUCUGUUGUUUGAAUAAACAUCGUCACUUGUUUCCUCGGAGGAUUAACUGCCAGGCCGCAAUGGCUACAUGCUAAUCUGCCUGAUCGCACUCCUGCGUACCUGCACCUGUUCAGGGUAAUGCAUGAGAAACUGAAGUAUGCAUGUGGUGCUUGGCCUAGAUUGAAGUCCAACCCUCUUCCUUUCAUUCCUGUAUCGCUAGGGUUUUUUUUUUUCACCUACAUUUGCAGAUCUGUGAAACGCAUUUUUAUAUACGAGUUUUUGUUGCUCUCCUUUGGCUUUUGCUGUGGGCCCUGUUCUGUUUCUGCUCCAAUGCUAUAGCCGUCUUCAUUUCCGUUUGUGUAUAUAUGUUACAUAAAACUUUAUGAGGAGUCCUUUGGCAGGCUUGAGCAAUUGUUAUGGUGAGUGGAUUUUAAGUGUUUAUCCCGUUUUUGUAUUUAUUUGCAUUAAAUUACAGUUCUGUUGAGAUUAAAAGAUAUUUUUUCAAAUCACUUUUGGUUUGUGCAAUGAGAAAAAAUGCAUUCUGUGUGCCAUUUCUUCAUUUAUUUUAUGUGCAUGUUUGUAAGGGGAAUUUCUACGAUCCUUGAGAACGAUCUUUUCUGUUAUUUGCGAGAUGUGGAAGUUAUUUGUGGCAGGACUGAGAGAUGUUCUACUGUUAAAUUGCUUUCUGCAAUAUACGAUAAAUUUGUGACAAACUUUGUUGAUAAAUAAAUAUAGUGUCGGUCUUUGUGCGGGCACUAAAAUGUAA